UUCCCUAACCGUAAGGUUAGCCUCAUGUAGUACAUUGCAUCAACCUCUUACUAUUGCAAUUAACUCUCUUUUAUCUUCCCCUCUCUCUCUCUCUCACACACACAUUCAAAAACGUUCUUAAGAAUAUUGAACCCCCAAAGAAACACAGAGAAGGAAAAAUAAAAAUAAAAAUACAUAAUGUUUUGUUUCAGAUCAAACCCUUAUGCAUUGUUUUUUCUUUUCUUUUUUUCUUUGUUUCUUUUUGGACAUGAAACAGGUUCUCAAGCUUUAAAUGUCCAGACUUUGAAUAUUUCAGGGUAUUGUAAAAGUUUUGUGUUUGGGGAGAGAGAGCAGAGUGAAGUGUUAGCAUGGAGGAAGACAGAAAGGAGGAACCUUGCAGAGGGAAGUGAAGGAGACAACAACUCGUCUUUGAUUUUGGCUGAAAAAAGGACUUACAGGAGAGACCCUCUUAAUGACUUUCACAAGUACACUGGUGGCUGGAAUAUCAGCAAUGAACACUACUGGGCUUCUGUGGGUUUUACGGCGGCUCCUUUCUUUGUCAUUGCUGCAGUCUGGUUUGUGAUAUUCGCACUAUGCUUGUUCAUCAUAUGCAUCCGUCAUUGCUGCUGUCAACUAAAUUCUUAUGGCUACUCUCGGACAGCUUAUGCGCUAUCCCUUAUUUUCCUCAUUCUCUUCACCAUUGCUGCAAUUGCCGGGUGUGUCGUGCUGUACACUGGUCAGGGAAAAUUUCAUGGCAGUACAACAGACACACUGGAUUAUGCGGUUAGUAAGGCAGAUCUCACUGCUGAAAACCUCAGGAAUGUGUCAGAUUAUCUUUCUGCAGCUAAGAAAAUUAGCGUGGAUUCAGCUAUUUUGCCAUUAGAUGUCCAAAAAAGCAUUGAUGAUAUCGAUAGGAAGAUAAACUCUUCGGCUUCAACUCUUUCACAUCAAACGGCUGAUAAUAAAGAAAAAAUUCAACAUGGCUUAGACAGAAUGAGAUUGGCUCUCAUCAUUCUUGCUGCUGUGAUGCUCUUUUUGGCAUUUCUCGGAUUCUUAUUCUCCAUUCUUGGAUUGCAGUGCCAGGUUUACACGCUAGUCAUCCUUGGCUGGAUUCUUGUUACUGGUACAUUUAUUUUAUGCGGAGUAUUUCACCUCCUCCACAAUGUUGCUGGAGAUGCAUGUGUUGCCAUGGAUCAAUGGGUCCAGAAUCCCACUGCCCAUACCGCAUUGGAUGACAUUCUUCCCUGUGUGGACAAUGCAACAGCCCAAGAGACCUUGUCACGAUCCAAGAAUGUCACUCAUCAACUUGUAAAUGUCGUGAAUGGUGUCAUCAAUAAUGUUUUCAACCGAAAUUUCCCACCAGCAUUGUCACCAUUAUAUUUUAAUCAAUCUGGUCCAUUGGUGCCAGUUCUCUGCAAUCCAUUUCAUUCGAAUCUUACAAACAGAGACUGUGCAUUUGGUGAAGUUACUUUGCAUAAUGCCACAGAGGUUUGGAAGAAGUAUAUAUGUGAGGUUUCGGGCUCUGGGGUAUGUUCUACACCUGGGCGGUUGACCCCUCAAUUUUACACUCAGAUGUCGGCAGCAGUGAAUGUGAGUUAUGGUUUGUAUCGCUAUGGUCCGUUCUUGGUUAACUUGCAAGACUGCACAUUUGUACGGGAUGCGUUCACGGAUAUCAGUCAUGAUUAUUGUCCCGAUCUGCGGCACUAUAGUCAAUGGAUCUACAUUGGAUUAGUAAUUGUAUCGGCUGCUGUGAUGCUGUCAUUGAUCUUCUGGGUAAUCUAUGCAAGAGAGAGAAGGCACCGUGUGUACACUAAGCAGUAUGAUGGUAGAUCCGAAGGCCAAUACAAAGGUCGAUAAGUUGUUAAAUUUGGUCAUAUAUACAUUACAAAAUUUUGUACAAUAUGUUAUCUAUCUGUAGGCUAAUUAAUUAGUAUUUGAAAGCCUCUUCUUGAAGGGGUGACUUUGUUCGAUACAUAUAUCUGUCUCAUAGUUGUGCCCUUAGCUGUUUGGUUUCA